UUCUAUUUCACUCAUUUUUCUCCACCUGCUUCACAUUCCAAGAUUUUGUUGAGCCCAGUAACACCACCACCACACUUAAAAGCUAAAACCCUAGCGUUUUCUCCUCCUCUUCUUCUUCUUCUAUAUAAACCUCCAUUACCCCUCUGUUUUUUUUCAGGGUUAAACAGCAUUUAUAGCUGAAAAAACAAUGGAGCUUUGUGUACCUCAAACCUUCUCGAAUCUUCCAAAUUAUAGGCUUAGUAAUCGAGCUCAACUCCAAUGGAGACCCUCUCUUCUACUAAAAAAAAACCCAAAAUCUCGAUUCAAUUCAGGAUUACUUUACCGUAAAGGCUCAGCUGUUAGAACAAAAGCAGAGACAGAGGCUUAUGAGUUAUAUGUACCUCCUACGGUUGAGGAGAAAGAUGAUGGAGCUGUUAGUACGGUUGAGGAGAAAGAUGAUGGAGCUGUUAGUAUGGUUGAAGAGAAAGAUGAUGGAGCUGUUAGAUCAAAAUCAGAGGAAGAGGCUAAUGAGUUAUAUGUACCACCUACGGUUGAAGUGAAAGAUGAUGGAGCUGUUAGAUCAAAAUCCGAGGAAGAGGCUUAUGAGUUAUAUGUACCUCCUACGGUUGAAGAGAAAGACGAUGGAGCUGUUAAGAAUGGAGCACCAGUAGAAGAUUCUAGGACUGCCGCAGACACGGAUGCUUAUGCAUCUUUGAUAUACGAACCUCCCAAAGUCGAAGAGAAAGACGAUGAAGCUGUUCAGAAUGGAGCACCAAUUGAAGACUCUAGUAAAGACAAAGAGACGGAUGCUUAUGCGUCUUUGAUAGACGAACCUCCUAAAGUUGAAGAGAAAGAUGAUGGAGCUGUUCAGAAUGAAGCACCAAUUGAAGAUUCUAGCAAAGACAAAGAGACAGAUCCUUAUGCAUCUUUGAUAUAUGAACCUCCUAAAGUUGAAGAAAAAGAUGAUGGAACUGUUCAGAAUGGAGCACCAAUAGAAGAUUCUGGGAAAGACAAAGAAACAGAUUCUUAUGCAUCUUUGACAUAUGAACCUCCUACAGUUGAAGAGAAAGAUGAUGCAGCUGUUCAGGAUGAAGCACCAAUAGAAGAUUCUAGGAAUGAUAAAGAGACGGAUGCUUAUGCAGCUUUGAAAUAUGAACCUCCUAAAGUUGAGGAGAAAGAUGAUGGAGUUGUUCAGGAUGAAGCACCAAUAGAAGAUUCUAGGAAUGAUAAAGAGACGGAUGCUUAUGCAGCUUUGAAAUAUGAACCUCCUAAAGUUGAGGAGAAAGAUGAUGGAGUUGUUCAGGAUGAAGCACCAAUAGAAGAUUCUAGGAAUGAUAAAGAGACGGAUGCUUAUGCAGCUUUGAAAUAUGAACCUCCUAAAGUUGAGGAGAAAGAUGAUGGAGUUGUUCAGGAUGAAGCACCAAUAGAAGAUACUAGAGAAGACAAAGAAACAGAUUCUUAUGCAUCUUUGACAUAUGAACCUCCUACAGUUGAAGAGAAAGAUGAUGCAGCUGUUCAGGAUGAAGCACCAAUAGAAGAUUCUAGGAAUGAUAAAGAGACGGAUGCUUAUGCAGCUUUGAAAUAUGAACCUCCUAAAGUUGAGGAGAAAGAUGAUGGAGUUGUUCAGGAUGAAGCACCAAUAGAAGAUACUAGAGAAGACAAAGAAACAGAUUCUUAUGCAUCUUUGACAUAUGAACCUCCUACACUUGAAGAGAAAGACGAUGCAGCUGUUCAGAAUGAAGCACCAAUUGAUGAUUCUAGUAAAGACAAAGAGACAGAUGCUUAUGUGUCCUUGAUAUAUGAACCUCCCAAAGAAGAUUCUGCUGUUCAAGCUGAAGCACCAAUAGAAGAUUCUGCUUUGGAGUUUGAAUCGCAAUUGUCCAAGUUCUUUGACACGCUAAAUAUUAAGUAUGAUCCUAAAGAUUCCUCUUCAAUUAUCCUAUUUGGUGGUGCUGUUCUCACUGCUCUUUGGUUGACAACUUCAAUUGUUGGAGCCAUCGACUCUGUUCCUUUGUUUCCUAAAUUAAUGGAAUUGGUGGGUCUUGGCUACGCUCUCUGGUUCACCUCCCGUUAUCUACUAUUCAAGAAGAAUAGAGAUGAGUUUGCUGCUAAAAUUGAAGAUCUUAAGCAGAAGACGUUAGGUUCUCGAGAUGAUUAAUUUUUACUUGGAGAGAACUUGUGUUCCUUUUUAGUUUUGUGCAAAGAGGAGCUGUAUUUUAUAGUAGAAGAGAUCUAUUCAUGCCAAUGUGAAUAAUAUAAAUUUGUGUAUAUGCACAUUUGUUUUCUUGAAUUCACGAUCUAUAAAUCACAUGAAAAUAACUUUAUCA